CAAUGGACGACGUCCAACAGCAUGUAGCCGAAGUGUUGCACUCAUCCACAACGAGAUUCGUGUUUUAAUUGAGCUAUUUUAACAGUUUCGUACGAAAUUCACAUUUUUUUUAAAAGAACGACAGAUAAGAGAUUCUUCGCCGGAGAUGGGAGUCCCGGCGUUUUUCCGUUGGCUCAGCCGAAAAUAUUCGUCAAUCAUUGUGCACUGUGUGGAGGAGAAGGGGAAAGAAUGUAACGGAGUCCGCAUUCCUGUUGAUACAACCAAGCCAAACCCCAACGAGGUGGAAUUUGACAAUUUGUACUUGGACAUGAAUGGGAUCAUUCACCCUUGUACACAUCCAGAAGAUAAACCCGCUCCCAAAAAUGAGGAUGAGAUGAUGGUGGCCAUUUUCGAGUACAUCGACCGCUUGUUUAAUAUUGUGCGCCCCAGGAGAGUUCUCUACAUGGCCAUUGAUGGAGUGGCUCCACGUGCCAAAAUGAACCAGCAGCGCUCUCGGCGGUUUCGUGCCUCCAAAGAAGGAGUGGAGUUGACGGAGGAGAAAAAUCGCAUGAGGGAGGAGAUCAUCCAGAGAGGAGGUUAUCUUCCACCUGAGGAGAUUAAGGAAAGGUUUGACAGCAACUGCAUCACUCCAGGAACAGAGUUCAUGGACAACCUGGCGCAUUGCCUUCGAUAUUACGUUGCAGAGCGACUCAGCAACGAUCCCGGAUGGAGGAAUGUCACCGUCUUCCUGUCUGAUGCUAGUGUUCCAGGUGAAGGUGAACACAAGAUUAUGGACUUCAUCAGGAGACAGAGAGCUCAACCCAACCACGACCCCAACACACACCACUGCCUGUGUGGAGCCGAUGCUGACCUGAUCAUGCUGGGCCUGGCCACCCAUGAGCCAAACUUCACCAUCAUCAGAGAGGAGUUUAAGCCCAACAAACCCCGGCCCUGCGCACUCUGUGGACAGAUGGGUCACGAAAUCAAAGAUUGCCAGGGAACGGCCAGAGAGAAACAGGGACAGCAUGAUGAAUUCGCAGACACGAUGCCCGUGGCUGAGCAGGAGUUCAUAUUCAUCAGGCUGUGUGUGCUGCGGGAGUACCUCGCCAGAGAGCUGACCAUGGCCAGCCUGCCGUUUCCCUUUGACUUUGAGAGGAGUGUAGACGACUGGGUCUUCAUGUGCUUCUUUGUUGGAAAUGACUUCCUACCUCAUCUGCCGUCCUUAGAAAUCAGGGAGGGAGCGAUAGAUCGGCUGGUCAACAUCUACAAAGACGUUGUGCACAAAACCGGAGGCUACCUGACGCAGAACGGCUACGUCAACCUGGAGCGAGUGGAGAUGAUCAUGCAGGCUGUGGGCGUGGCCGAGGACAACAUCUUCAGGAAACGCAAAGAGGACGAUGAAAGCUUCAAGAGAAGAAUGAAAGAGAAACGAAAGAGGUUGAAAGCAGAGCAGCAGGGUCCCGCCUACCUGACCACGGGCCAGUUCGCCCCUCAUGCUCUGGGGAGAAGAGACCGACCUGAGGCCGUCCACAAUGCUCGGCACCAGGCCUACGACAUGAGGAUGCAGUCCAGGGAGCAACACAACAAGGAUGCUGCUCAGUCUCUGAAGGCCAUGAUGAGGAACGGCGGCAAUUCGUCUGCAGGGCCCAGCGAGGGGGCAGACAGCAGGGGGGUGAAGAGGAAAGCUGAGGACAGUGACAGCGAACCAGAGCCCGAAGACAACGUCAGGUUGUGGGAGGAGGGCUGGAAGCAGAGAUACUACAAGACCAAGUUUGACGUGGACGUAACGGAUGAAGAUUUCCGGAGGAAGGUGGUUCAGUCGUAUGUGGAGGGUCUCUGCUGGGUGCUGCGCUACUACUACCAGGGCUGUGCUUCCUGGAAGUGGUACUUCCCAUUCCACUACGCGCCAUUCGCCUCCGACUUCAAAGACAUCAAAGGGAUGUUCACUGAGUUUGAGACGGGAACCAAACCAUUCAAGCCCCUGGAGCAGCUGAUGGGAGUGUUUCCUGCUGCCAGCGGUAACUUCCUGCCCCAAACGUGGCGAAACCUCAUGACCAGCCCGGUUUCUUCGAUCAUUGACUUCUACCCCGAUGACUUUGCCAUUGAUCUCAACGGCAAGAAAUACGCCUGGCAAGGUGUGGCCCUGUUGCCCUUUGUGGAUGAGCGUCGGUUGAGGGCGGCUCUGGCCGACGUCUACGCUGACCUCACACCCGAGGAAGUGAAAAGAAACAGCCUGGGAAGCGACAUGCUGUUUCUUGGCAAAUCUCACCCGCUCUUCGACUUCAUCCAUGAACUCUACCGUGCAGAAUCUCACGAGGGCACUGAGAUCCCUGCAGAGCUGUGCCAUGGAAUCCAAGGUACAUUAAAUCUUGAUGACGACCCUAUUCUACCAGAUAAGACGGUGACGUCGCCCAUCCCUAUGCUGCGUGACAUUUCCCAGAGCAGUGCGAUUGGAGUGAAGUUCAAGGAUCCCCAGUAUGCAGAAGACUUUGUGUUCAAGGCGGUCCUCCUGCCUGAAGCUAAGAUUCCCAAUAAGGUCCUGAAACCAGGUGACUGGGAGAAGGGGAACAGGGAAUCGUGGAGACCCCAGCUGGGCUUCAACCCAAACAGGCAGCAGGCUCACCUGCACCAGUCCGCCUUCAGGGCUCUGGGCCACAACCUGAACAGAAACCAGCACGGUGGAGGACAGUACAGCAACACCCCACCGCCAAGCAACUACCAGCAAGGAAACUACCGUGCUCCACAGAGCGGCGGCCACCAGCCUUUCCAACAUUCCAGGCAGAACAGUUUGCUGGGAGUGCCUCCCUCCUACCACCAGCCUCAAUAUCCAAGGCAGCAGCAGCAGCAGCAGCAGCAGCAGCAGUACGGAGGUGGGGGUCACGGUUGGGAUCGGGCCGUGCAGUCGCAGCAGUCGGCGUACCAGCAGAACAUGAACCGUGGGCGGGGAGGAGGGGGGCCCGGCGGCUACCAGCAGCACUACGACCACCGCAGGGACGACUGGCACGAUCGCAGGGACGAACGCAGGGACGACCGGGGGCACCAGCAUCAGGGCUACAGCUCUGGCAGAGGUUACCCUCUUCCUCCUCCCUCCAGAAGAUAUAACUGGAAUUAAACUCAAAAUGAUGUUGGACUUGAAGGGGGGGGGGGGUGACGACAAUUUUUAGGAGAAAUAUGUCAUCUUUUUCACUUUAUUGUCUUCUUGUACAAUGAAAUUUUGGGUUUUUUUUUUCCUUUUUAUCCUACUUACAAAAAAGAAAAAAACUUGUUAUGUAACGUGUGAUUUUUAAGAGGAACAGCCUGUAAAACUUGUAAAAUACAAGUGAGUCAAGGACAAAGUGUCCUGCUGUGUUUUAUUUUAUUUUUAUUUUUAUUUUUUUAAUUUUUUUGAGCGAAAUCCCUCCAAAGUGUCCGUGGGUUUUAGAAAGAAAGAGAAAAAAAAACAAAAGAAAACAACUGGUGAAAUAAAGAAUAGCAGUGAUGUAGGAGCUGUAUUUGUUUAGGAAUGAUCUUCUAUAUCUUCACGGAAAGGAAGUGCUUUUUCAAAAUAAACUGUUUGAUUUCCACUUAAAUUUUACUUAUAUUUAAAAGGAAAAAAAAA